AUGGUGACGGGACGAGAAGAAAACAGGAUGAAAACCGAACAGAGUGGUGUCAAAAGAUCGAGGAGGCAAUCAGGGGAUGAGUUGAACGCGAACAUGGUAACUUCACAGAAGAUAUACGACUAUGAUGAUAUCAAUAUAAUAAUUUAUCGACAUGUGUUGAAAACAAAAUUAUUAUACUUACGAAAAGAGUUUACUAAUUAUGGAGUUCAGCGUAAAAAUUAUAUACGACCUUUAACACAAUUAAAAUUAUCGACUGUACAUAUUAAAGAAUUUAAACCUAAUCAAAAUGUUCGAUUAUUACAUUUAUAUAAUUCUAAUAUGUUAAUUGAAGUACAAAGAUUAUUACAUCUGAAUGAAAGUAUAGCUUUUAAAUUUUGUAAAACGUUAGUAACAUCAUCAUUAUCUAUGUUAUGCGAUAUUAAUUUGAUUGAAAAUAUGAUUGAUGAUAAUUUUAAAGAAAAAUAUCGUAUAAAUGAGUUUAUUAAUCGAUGCACACGUUGUUCAUUUUAUCAUGAUAAUAUUUAUACUCUGACAAGUGACCGCUCUGUAAAAGAUUUCAAAUGGCGUUAUCCAUUGUUGACUAUUCAAGAAUGUGAACGUAUAAUUAAUAACUGUACAAUAAAAAAAUAUUUUUAA